AUGGCUGGAACUCAUGUAGCUGCACCUUUGACUAGUUCUCUUUCUAAAUUGCAGUCUUUGAAUGGACUAUUUGCAAUUUACAAAAAGAAAGGACCGACUUCUGCAGAUGUUUUGAACACACUUAAAGAAACUUUACUCAAGGAAGCCGGUGUGAAGAAUCCGAACCCGAGGAAAAGGAAGAAACAAAGUCUGAAGAUGGGCCAUGGAGGAACGCUCGAUAGUGCUGCCAGUGGAGUAUUAGUUGUUGGUGUUGGAAAUGGCACAAAAAUGCUCAGCACAUUGUUGGCUGGUUCCAAGAAAUACACUGCUGUAGCAGAGUUGGGUAAAGCAACAGACACUCUCGAUGCAACUGGCAGUGUUACUGAGGAAAAAGACUUCAAACACAUUACCCAUUCGGAUGUGGAGGAGAAGCUGAAAAGUUUUGUCGGCAAUAUUAUGCAAGUCCCACCACUUUACUCGGCAUUGAAAAAAGAUGGACAGCGAAUGUCUGUCCUUCUGAAGAAAGGUGAGAAGGUUGAAGCGAAACCUGCAAGAUCCGUCACAGUGUACAACUUGACCCUACAAGAGUUCAAGCUGCCAUUCUUCACGUUGGAUAUUGAAUGCGGCGGUGGAUUUUACGUGAGGAGCUUGGUAGAUGACCUUGGAAAAGCGCUCUCAUCAUGUGCUCACGUCAAGCAGCUGAUCCGUACCAAGCAGGGUCAGUUUACCUUGGAACAGCACGCCUUACAUGAGGAUCAAUGGACACUGGAACACAUCGUCAAAUCAAUGCAUCCAUGUCCAGAAUUGGACCAGAAUCUGGACGCUGUUGCAGAGCCGGAAGGUGGAACAUGA